GUCAAAGUUCUAGGUCCAAAGUCAACAAACAGCCAUAGCCUCAAGAUGAGGGAUCCUAUCAGCACCUGCUCUUAUAACCAACUGUAUCAAAAUGUGAAGCGCUUCUCUAAAUCCGGGGAGAAUUUCUGCAAAGAGCUCAUGGCAGUUUUUCAGCAAAGGGCUGAGCUGGAGCUGACGUACGCGAAAGGACUGCAAAAACUCGCCAGCAGACUCAUCCGGGCCUCCAAAGGAAUGUCUGACAAUUCCACCUACAGCGCCUGGUGUCAUGUGUCAGAUGAGAUGUACUCAAGAGCAGACGCCCACAGAUCAUUAGGAAAUGCUUUUCAACAAGAGGCAAUCCUGGAAAUACGACAAGUCUUAGACGAGCAUAAUAAGAGGAAGAAGCCUCUCGACAGUGCCAUUGACAGAACUGGAAAGCUAGUCACUGCUAACUGGAGUGAUCAACUCAAGAUAAAGAAGAAAUUAGUCGGACUAACGAGAGAACACGAGGCUCUGUUCAACUUUGUUGACAACAACGCUCACAUUAGCACACAAAAGGAAAAACAAAAGAUGCUCAACAGGAUGACUAAGUCUGCAGAGGUGCAGUCACGGGUGGAUGACGAGUACUUUCAUAUUAACAUGGAGGGUCACCAGAUGAGACUCAAAUGGGAAAACACUCUGAAAAACUGCUACCAGAUCAUACAGGAGCUGGAGAAACAGCGAAUCGAAGUCCUGUGCAACAUCUUGAACAGAUACAACCUCCACAUGUCCGGUUUCGGCCAGACCCUCAAACACGGCCAAAGACAGAUAGAACUGCUGGUCCAAAAGGUGGACAUGGAUAAAGACAUACAGAUGCUGGUGGAGGAAAACAGAAUCACAGCCGACGACAACACAGCAGAGUUUUUGAUGGCUGAUUAUUUCGAGGAGGACAGCAAAUCGUUGAUGGGCAGGGAGCGACGAAGCGAGGCCAUCAAAGUCAAACUCCAGCGUCUGGAGGACGGCAUUACGAGGACAAAGAAGGACUGUGAAGGAAUUGAAAAGCUGAUGAAAACAUACUCGGAGAAUCCCUCGUUCUCAAACCAGAAGAACCUCGAGGAGACUGAGCAGCAGCUGGAUGAGUGUUCUCUAAAACUGGAUCUGCUCGAGGCCACUCACUACAAACUCUCUGUGUCACUGUCAGAACUGGAGGGAAAACCCAAGUCCUUUCACCGAUUCAGCGACAGCAUCGUGAAAUGGAAAGAUAAGGACUGCGAGCACAGUGUGGUUCAGCUGACGCGUCAAGUCAAGCUCAGGAGGACGCCAUUCAGAUCCCGACAGUCACUGAGAGCAUCCAUCAUCUACAAAGGGCCGGCUCAGUUUGUGACACAACCGUCUGUGGAGCCGUCACCGGGCUCCAGUGACCAGGUCACCUCCACGUCUUCAACACAUGGCAGUGAGGCUGCGGAGUGUGACAGCACAGAUAACAGAACCCCCCCUCACACAGGCGAGGACAAACAAGAGGGUCAAACAACGGCAGCGUUCAGGAGUGUAGGAAAAUGCAAGGCUCUGUACAACUUCCAAUCUGAACAGGAAGAUGAACUGACUUUGACAGAAGGAGAUCUUCUAGACAUUUACACCAGAGAGGACAAUGGUUGGUGGUUUGGUCAACUAAAUGGAAAGACGGGACAUUUCCCAUCAACCUAUGUGGAGGAGCUGCCUGUGUUAGACAGCGUCCAAUCAUCUGAUGCCUGA